AUGGCGUCGCCCUUCAGCGGGGCGCUGCAGCUGACGGACCUGGAUGACUUCAUCGGGCCCUCUCAGGACUGCAUCAAGCCCAUGAAGGUGGAUAAGAGCACAGGAAGUGGCGUGGCCAAGAUCCACAUUGAAGAAGAUGGGAGUUACUUCCAGGUCACGCAGGACGGAGGGACUCAGAAGCUAGAGAAGGCCAAGAUCUCACUGGGUGACUGCCUGGCAUGCAGUGGCUGUGUCACCUCCGCGGAGACCGUCCUCAUCACGCAGCAAAGCCAUGAGGAACUGCGGAAAAUUCUAGAUGCCAAUAAGACGGCGGCCCCAGGUCAGCAGAGGCUGGUUGUGGUUUCUGUCUCGCCCCAGUCCAGAGCGUCGCUGGCAGCAAGAUUUCAGCUGAGUCCUACAGACACUGCCAAGAAGCUGACUGCGUUCUUCAAGAAAAUCGGGGUGCACUACGUGUUCGACACCGCCUUCUCGAGGAACUUCAGUCUCCUCGAGAGCCAGCGAGAAUUUGUGCAGCGGUUCCGAGGACAGGCCGGCUCCACGCAGACCUUGCCUGUGCUCACGUCCGCCUGUCCAGGCUGGAUCUGCUAUGCGGAGAAGACGCACGGGAGCUUCCUCGUCCCUCACCUCAGCACAGCACGGUCCCCGCAGCAGGUCAUGGGCUCCCUGGUCAAGGACUUCUUUGCCCAGCAGCAGCACGUGACCCCUGACGGCAUCUGCCACGUGACAGUGAUGCCCUGCUAUGACAAGAAGUUGGAAGCUUCCAGACCAGACUUCUUCAGCCAGGUGCACCAGACUCGUGAUGUGGACUGCGUGGUCACCACAGGAGAAGUCUUCAAGUUGCUAGAGGAAGAAGGGGUCUCCCUCUCGGAGCUGGAGCCAGCCCCCUUGGACAGUCUGUGCAACAGCGCAUCUGCCCAAGAGCCCACCAGCCACCGAGGCGGGGGCUCCGGGGGCUACCUGGAGCACGUGUUCCGGCAUGCAGCCCGGGAGCUCUUUGGGAUCCACGUGGAUGAGGUCACCUACAGACCCCUGAGGAACAAGGACUUCCAGGAGGUGACCCUGGAGAAAGAGGGCCGCGUGCUGCUGCACUUCGCCGCCGUGUACGGCUUCCGUAAUAUCCAGAACCUGGUGCAGAAGCUGAAGCGAGGGCGCUGCCCAUACCAUUAUGUGGAGGUCAUGGCCUGCCCCGCAGGCUGCUUGAACGGCGGAGGCCAGCUCAAGGCCCCCGGCACAGCCGGCAAGGAGCUGCUCCAGCACGUGCAGAUGCUGUACGACGCGGUGACGACGCAGGUGCCAGAGGACGCACCUGGCGUCCAGGAACUGUACGAGCACUGGCUGCAGGGCGAGGGCUCAGAGCGGGCUGGCCGCCUGCUGCACACGAGCUACCACGCGGUGGAGACGGCCAGCUCUGGCCUCAGCAUCAGGUGGUAGGCUGCCUCCUCACGGGGCUGCCGGGCCUGCCUAACCAAUACUGGGACUCCCACGAAGCUCAUGUCCUGAGACCC